AGACCCGGGUUUCCCAGAGCAAUGGAAAGCCAGCUUACCAGCACUAUGAAUUUUGUUUCACCUUCGUCACAGCCCGUCAUCCCUACGUUUCAUGCGAUGAAUUUCGACGGCAUCAUAGAGGUGGAACAUGAAUAUCUCAAAGAGCUUACGAGUGAUCAAGUUUUAAGUUGGUACAAGGACAUGAUGACGGUGAACAUUCUCGAUACUAUCAUGUCAGACGCGCAGAGGCAAGGCCGUAUCAGUUUUUAUAUGGUAUCUACCGGUGAGGAGGCUAUCACCGUGGGAUCCGCAGCGGCUCUGGACGCGGGGGACGUAAUUACUUGCCAGUACCGAGAGACUGGGGUAUUCCAAAAGCGUGGAUUUACUCUUAAAGACUUCAUGAGCCAGCUAUUCUCUAACAAAAAUGACCCCGGUAAAGGGAGAAACAUGCCCGUCCACUAUAGUGGCAAGGUCAAAACCAACGUCCACGCCGUCGCCUCAACUUUGGGGACACAGAUCCCGCAUGCCACAGGGGCAGCGUACGCACUCAAGAUGAAUAGCCUUGAGAACCCCAAUGAUAAACCGCAAGUAGCUGUUGCCUACUUUGGCGACGGCGCGGCCAGCGAGGGCGACUUUCACGGUGCCCUCAAUUUGGCUGCUACUCGAAACUGUCCAGUAAUCUUCAUCUGCUGCAAUAACGGCUUCGCUAUAUCGACCCCAACCUCAGAGCAAUAUCGUGGUGACGGCAUUACUUGCCGGGGAGUGAGCUAUGGCAUAGAGGCUCUCCGAGUCGAUGGGACUGAUAUCUUCGCAGUAUACUUAGCGACUAAGGAGGCACGUCGCAGGGCUCUUGAAUACGGUGGCCGCCCCAUCUUGCUUGAGUUUAUGAGCUACCGUGUGUCUCAUCACAGUACAAGUGACGAUAGCUUCGCGUACCGAACGCGCGAUGAGGUCGAGCCGUGGAAGCAAGAGAAAAAUCCCCUCGAGCGCUUGCGCAAGUGGCUGCAGAUCAACGACCUCUGGAGCCAAGAUAUGGAGGCUCAGGCCCGCAGGGAUAUUCGCAAGAACAUCCUGCAAGAGCUGACGAUUGCUGAAAAGGAAAAGAAACCGAGGUUGUCGAGUAUCUUCGAUGACGUCUAUGCUGAGCUCACCGAGGAGGCUGAAGCCCAGAGGGAGGAGGUCAGACGGUUAAUUAUGAAGUAUCCUAAUGAGUAUGAUGUGGACGAGUACGAGGGUGGGAUUAGUGCCCUGUAAAUAGGCACAGCUGCGAUUUCUAACCCCCCCUUUUUUUUUCUCGGGUUUCUUCGUGCAACUCUAUGGUUUGGG